CUUUCAUGAGCUAGUGAUCUAGUGAGCUAUAAAUGAGUUACUGAUAAUUUGGAGCCAGUGUUAGUGAUACAUUUUAUCGGUGUGAGUGAUAUAUAUCUUUUAUAUCACUCACUCAGGAGCUAUACAUCCUUACAGUAGAGCUAAGCUUAAUGCCACAGAUAAGACAUUUAAACAGCUAAUGCCUUCAAUAUACAGAAUAUACUAUAUAACUACACCUACACUAUUUAUGAACUACAAGCCCUAAAAGAAGUUGUAAGUUUGUAAGGUUAUACUGUUUUCGUAAAUGAUAUAUCAAGUGUACAUACAACAGUACCAAACAGUACCUAAUUCUCCAAUUAUAAAUAAACUUGUAAAAUUUGUAUAAUUGUUUCUUAAUGAAGCAAUUUUGUAUUGUUAACGAAUUGUGUUUUGACUUUUACUAAAAAACUUCUAUUUUCAUUAUUUUGUGUUUCGUCUAAGCGUAUAAAUUUAUUUGAUAAGUAUUAGUUAAAUAAAUAAAAUGUCUCAACAUCUGAUUAAUGAAAACAGUAAAUACAUACUCGAUUUAUUUUCCGAACAGACAGUCGAUUCGCAGGGCUUAGAUUCAAUAUGUGUUCAAGUUCAAAAAAAGUUCCCGAAGACCGAUCAUUUUAAUCUAAGUCUGCUCCUGUCAUCGCUGAUUACGGGCGGAGAUCUUUCACUCCCUGGGCAGCGUGUUGUUGCACUGGCUCUUCUAUAUGACUUCUACAAGGGAGAAAACCCAUUCAGCCCAUUGUUCUUGCAUCUCCUAGAAGGGAAGCUGGGUCUUCUGCCUCUAGCUCCACAGGAGAGACUGUUUAUAGGACAGCUGCAUGGAUUCUUGCCUGUAAACAUUAAAGAUGUUAUGAAAAAAUCAGCAAAACAAGUAAUGAUGACAGAAGUAUCUCCUAAGGACCUGGAGUUUGAUUACUCACCGCUGCAGGCGAUUGUGGCCGAACGUUUGACUGACACCAGUGCUGUGGCCCGGGCCACUUGUUCUGCAUUGAUACCGCUUAGUGAUGGGAGUCCACCGAACCGCCUUGCCUUGAAAGAACUGCUAGAAGCCUUGAUGAGUAAUGAGUAUCUCCCGCUGCACCGAACGCUAUCGGCCGCCGGACCCAUCCCACCGCCCACGUUCCUCAUCGACACCAAUGAUGUGCCUUUUGCUGACGAGGGCGUUUGGAAGAACUUAAUAAAUCGCGGCACGUAUAUACCGAUGUAUGACUCCGACUACGACGGACUGAUCGGGCUCCGACCUGAGAAGAUCGAUAGAAGAUCGCAGCCUAACCAACAGCACAAAGUCAAGGAGGAAAAAAAAGAGAAACAAGAAGAGAAGAAGGAAGAUAAAGAUCCUGUGUCAUUAGUGAGUGAAGCUAAAGAUUUGACCCAGAUCGCGCUCAGGGGAGCCCUCAGUGUACAGCAACAGCAAAGACUACUGGCACUGCUGGAUCAGGAACCUAACAUUGUCUACGAAAUAGGUGUUACACCUAACCAGCUACCGGACCUAGUCGAGAACAAUCCAAUGGUCGCCAUAUCGGUGCUUCUCAAACUGAUCCACUCUCAGCACAUCACGGAGUACUUCAGUGUCCUCGUCAACAUGGAAAUGUCGCUGCACUCCAUGGAGGUGGUCAACAGGUUAACGACCUCAGUGGAUUUGCCGGUGGAGUUCGUUCACCUCUACAUAAGCAAUUGUAUUUCGACGUGUGAGACAAUACGGGACAGAUACAUGCAAAACAGGCUCGUACGAUUGGUGUGUGUCUUCCUGCAGUCGCUGAUAAGGAACAAGAUCAUCAAUGUGAAGGAGCUAUUCAUAGAAGUGGAAGCGUUCUGCGUUGAGUUCAGCCGGAUCCGAGAGGCCGCUGCGCUGUUUCGGCUCCUGAAGCAGCUGGACUCCGGCGAGGCUGCCCACAAGGACCCCAAGGAUAACUAGCGACGGCACAAGAGCAGGGUUUACUCGAACACGAAUAGGUAGCGCCGGCCUCACGUCUGGGACCCCAGCCAAUCGGAGAGCUAACAGCUGACCGCACCGCUGUGACAUUGAAACUAUAACAGUUCCACCGGUGAUUACAAUUGUGAUGUGGCGUGUUAAACGUUCAAUAGUUUUGUGGAUUAAUUGUGUAAUAAGCAAUUGGAAACUUGUACACUCUAAGACCUAUUUUCUAAAUUUGUGAAACUCGUGAUAUCUCGGGUAUAAGACAUUAGCCGGCAGCUGUGACAGCUAGUUUUGAACCUAACAACUAUUAUAGCAUCAACGAAAUAAUGUCCACUCUCACACAAAAAGGUAAUGCAGGCUCUAUCAGGACCUACGUCUGUGAACAUAACCGAUACAAUGUUUAGUGCGUAUAAAGUUAUGGUAAAUAUCGAGUGUCUGUGAAAAUUGUGAUAGUAAUAAUAAUAAAGUAUUGAUUGAAAUAAUCAGAUUAGAAUACAUACAUUAUCCAGAUAUGCCGGAUAGAACAUUUGGAGUGCAGUAUUUGAGAUAUUUAAUUUUAUAAAGUAUUGAUUGUGUACUGAUCUAUGUAAAUGGAAAUAAAUGGAAUUGAAUACAUUUAAAUUGAUGUGAAAUAAACAUUGUUUUGCCUUCGUCAGUUAAUACUGGGAAUAUUGUGUAGUUUUAGAUUUUGUUACGUUAUUUAGUGAUGUGUUCAUACUAUCUUGUUAAGUGUCUCAGACAGCAUCGGUUUUGUGUAACAUUCUGUGUCUAUUGUAAAAGGCGACUAUGUGAUUCACUAGAGAACGGGCAGUAGUUUGCAGAGUUAAGUCAUGAAUCAUUUGAAUGUAUUACGUACUGAAGAGCGCAUCGAUCAUUGUACAAUUGACAUACGGACCUCUUGUCUCAAGGUCGGUGGAGGCAUUCAAUUUAACGCCCAUGUUACAAAAACUUAUUCGCCGUUUCGCAUUAAAAGUGUACAAUAUUCAAAAAUAUUCGAAAUUUAGUUAAUAUGCGUAAACAUUUGGUAUCACCAUUAUUUUUCUCGUAAAUACUGUCAAAAGAGCGUAGUUUAGUUAAAUGUUUUUUUUUUAGUUUACCUAUGUUUUGACUACUAUUAACAUAAUUAAUAUGCACAUAAUUUUAUCUUACUUUAAAAUACAGAUAAUGUAACUGAUAAAAAAAAUUGUUGCAAAUAUGAUUAAUAUUAAAUAUUAAAUUAAUAAUAAUAUUAUGAAAAAUAUUAAACCUUUAAAACACUCUCCUGUAAAAUUAGUAAGUUUUGAGAUAUACAGUUUUAAUGCGAGAAGACGAUAUUUGUAUUAUUUUGUUAUAUUCUCUGCUAUACGCAUUGACUCGCCGCACUGAAUUACAGCAAUGUUUACCUACGUUUGCCGCUAGUGGCGCUGUUCCUACUGCAUGCAAAUGUGAGUUAACUUUUACGCUGUCGAGAACGUUAAGAAACUCGCACUAAGCAUAUGUUAGCAGGGUGAUGCAAGUUUAGUACAAAUAACUAUGUUUGUAGCAAAUAAUCCAAAAUAAAAGUUCUAGAAUCUAGAUAGUAUAUUUAUUUGAUAAAUAUUAAUGCAUUCACAUCUAAAUCUAUUCUUCUGACGUUUUUUGUUAUAAAUAGACAUUAACAAUUUAGAUACGGCCCAUUUAGGCAAUUGUAAAAAGCUCUCUAUGAUCUUUAAGUACCUUUAAAUAGUGUUAAAGGGAAGUUUAACUGAAUCUGGAAUAUAGUUGGAUUCAUUAGGAUUUGAUUGAAAAAUACUAAACUCCAAUUUUUCCUAUGUAAAGAUGUUUUAUCGUGAACUAAAUAAAAAUUGAAAUCUAUUUAAUUGUAUACUUUCUUACGGAACGUCACGGACAAAAUUAAAAUUUUAAAACGUGUUUAAAUAAACUUAAAAGUUGAGUUCGCAAUUGUUGACCUCUUUAUGUGGAAAAUAAAAAGCACAUGAGCCAUCGGGUUUAUGUUAUCUGUUAUGAUAACAUGAUAUAAACUGAAGUAUGUAUUGCUAUCGUUCGAACAGGCGAUAAUUGGACAAUGUUUUUUUACCGAUCUUAGAAAAGGUUUGGUUAAUUAAAACCUCCGUACAAUUCAUUGAAUGCACGCUAUGGAGGGUAGAGGUAAGGAGAAACGUCUCUGGUGUGAAAAAGUGUCCGUUAAAAUCUGCUAAAUAAGGGUGGCGCUACAGUAGCAAUCGGGUAAAUUUUAAAAAAGGCGCUGAAAGUUAUUAGAAUAAAAAAGAGAAAUAAAAAAAACGAAAGAACUGUAAGCACUACAAAAUCACAAAAAGUAUUUUAUUUAAAGCUGAUAAGAAAACGCAAUAGAUGUCUCCACGUUUUACCACAGCAAUAAUUUUAGGUUAUAUUGACGAAAUUAGUUUCGACCACGUAAACAUGUGAGGUCUUGUAUAUUACACUGUCACUAGCUACUCUAGUCAUUAAAUAUAUUAAAUUUCCUAACUCGGCAUACUUCAAUCAGUUAACAACUGCUCAAUUCAUAUUAUCAUACCCUGUGCCUAUGCUAGGGCCAUUCUGGAGGAUUUUUUAACUGUUAAUUAGUACUGAAAGUGAACUUUUUCAAGCUUCUGCCAUAUGAGACGGUACCCCUUACCUCUACCCUCCAUAAUGCACGCGUAUGUAUUUAUAGUAUGGGUGCGUUCUUAACAAAAAAGAACUGGACUUAAUCAUAAAAGUCGUUCUCAGAUCGACUUUCUACCCACACAGCCUAUCAGACUAUAACAUGGAUAUUUCGUAUUUAAAAAACCUCCUUUGAAGUCUUAGUAAAUUCUCAUUAUUUUAUUGGGACAUUACUUAAUAUAAUCUCAUCUCAUUAAAUACUGUCUCAAAUAAUUCAUUCUGUUUCGUUGCCUUUUUCAUAUAUCAAAGUAAGGGUAUGUAUACAUAUACAAUAAUAAUAAUAAUCGAAGGCUACAGCCAUGUUCAACUUCUAUACUGAAUAAGACAAGAUGCGUGUUUUUUUUUAAUGCCCCUGUAGGCAGACGAGCGUAUAUACGGCCCACCUGAUGGUGAGUGGUUACCGUCGCCCAUGGACUUCAGCAAUGUCAGUGACAGAGCCAAGCCGCUGCCUACCGUGUCUAUUUACAGCGAAGGGUUUCGCGGGCGGGAAGAAAAUUGACAGUUAUAUUCAAAAUGAAGCUUUAAAGAGCGCGUCGUUGUUUCUAUUCCAGCAAAAGUAAGACAGCUGGUUGUGUUAUUAUUAUUACCAACUGAAACAAUUAUACAAAAAUCGCUAUUAAGUAAUUAAGUAUUGCUAUACAUAUACCAAACGUCCUAAGUUUUAUUUUAUUGUAAAGAUCGCGCAUCAAGAUUUGAGGCUAUAUUGUAUUUAAUACUUUUUGCUAGUAAAAUUAAACGUCAAUAAAUAAAUAAAAUUCAAAUUCUCUAAUUGUUUUUUUUAGAGAACCUAUUGACCGGAAAAAUAUGCGCUUCUCACAGCGCCGUACCUACAAAAAUAAGCUUACAUUUAAAAAAAUGGUCGAAGUUCUUUGUUAAUAUAAUUUGCUAAAAUGUGUAAUUUGGACUGUGUAACAAUAAACUUUUUGUGAAUUUUCUAAAUAAAAUGUUAUUUUCUAUUAAAGAAAUCAAUAUGAAAAGUUCAUAUUAUUCUGUGUUCUAUUUUUAUUUAUUAGUUGGAUGAACGGGUUCAUGUACAAAGACUAUUAGACAUCAAAGACUUCCACAGUGUAGGAAUAAUGUCCUGUAAUAAAAACUAAAACUCUCCCGUCUCACCUGGUGUGCCUUUAGCGUCAACCUGGACGACUUUCACAACACUAUACAGUGGCUUAGUUGCUGGGCACACAAGUUUCUAGUUUACUAUGGCUGACUCAAACUAGCUUCACUGAUACUACUUCUGUUCUGGUAGUAGGACGUCUUGAGAGUCCGCACGGGUAGGUACUACCACCUCGCCUAUUGCUGCCGUAAUGCAGUAAUGCGUUUCGGUGUGAAGGGUGGGGCAGCCGAUUUACUGUUGAAACGGAGACCUUACAACUCAUGUCUCGAGGAUCACUUAAAAUCAGGUGGGUUGUGAAUCAUGGUCGUGAUCGUUCUUGGUCUGCAACCGACAACGCUCACUUUGCAAUUACCAUAUAGCCGACCCUAAAAGGCUCGGACGAAAUACUAGAUACUGAAAAUUCAAUCGAAACCACUCAAUAUUCUAAUUAUUAUUGUAUUCUUUUAAAUAUAUUAGAUAAUUAUUGUGUGAACACUAAAAAUUAUUUCAUCCUCACCAGCAAGGUUUGAAACCUUAAAAAUGUUAUUGUAUUUUCAGCCCAACUGUAACUUUUGUUUUCAACGUUUUUGGAUUGAAUUGAAAUCCAUAAAUUGACAAAAAUAGCAUUUUCAAUUUUAAUAAAAUUUGUAAAGAAUGCCACCAUUUUUAUCAAUGUGUUUUGUAUUUUUAGCUAGCAGGAACGUUCCUUUUGGAAAUUCUAUUAAUUCAUAUCAUUGAUAGGCAGAUCAGCAAAAAAGCUAUGGAAACUCUGAUCAAUGUUUAAUAAUAUAUUUAAAAUCUACAUCCAUAAUAAAACUACAUAAAUGCUAAAUUAAUCAGCACCUUCCAGAAUUUUCUUUAUUUCAGUAUCAGUAGCCAGGUCUAAUGGAGUGUUACCUUCCUCGUCUUCUAGCAGUGUAGCUCCAGCUUUCGUCAGGAUUUUAGUUGAUUCUACAUGACCACACGAAACUGCGUAAUGCAGAGCUGUUUGACCACAUUCAUCGACUGCAUCAAUAGGACAUCCUCCACUUAAGGCUGCACUUAGUGCGUUAAUUGCAUUUCUGUCAGCAGCCCAGUGUAGUGCAGUGAGGCCAUCUUCGUCUUUCUCAUAUUUCAAUUCCGGCUUCUUGAUCAGAAGUUCCUUCACUCGCUCUCCGCAGUCUUCUCUGGCUGCAUCAAGCAAAGAAAGCUCAUUGUGCACGAGGUCUGGUUCAGGCGAAUAUCUCAUUGAUGAGACAGCUACCCAUGUUUCCUUGGUAUCAAUAUUUGUCUUUUGAGGUGUACCUGACCAGUCAGGAUCAUAUUUUUUCAACAAAGCAAUAUAUUUCUCCUUAGCCUCUUCACUGGGCAUAUCUUUAAGAUUCUUCCAGGCCUCCCAUUUCCUACGUCCUUUACCAUCUAACCACCCAGGCUUUGGAGUGUUGCAUUGACCUUCAGUACCUUGCUUGAACAACCCGUACAACUCCAAAAGUUGACCAUUGGUUAAUUUAUUUGUAACCUUUCUAAGAUGGUCAGCUGCCUUAUUGAACAAGCUGUCCAAUGGAGACUGAUCUUCAUCUGAAAAAUCUGAGUCUGGAUAGUCUGGAAGAGCCUCAGCCAUUUUAAAAACUAACUAAAAUUCAGAAUAUCUAAUUAUUUUGCAAUUGAACACUUAAGUUGAAACCUUCAAGUGUGUGAAUCUGCUUAUUAGUUGCAUCAGCUGCAGCUGAGGGACUAGUAAAUUCAAUGAAACCGUAGCCCUUGCUGAGGCCCGUUGAUCGAUCGAAUACUACUCUUGCACUCUGCACUGGACCAAAUUGUGAGAAAUAUUCUCGUAGUUGUCGAUGGCCAACUGUCCAGGCAAGGUUGCCUACAUACAGGCGGGCUGCUCUUGCCGUACUGGCCAUAACCUAUAAUGAUACUAUUUCCAACAGGUGUAAGGAGCGUUCGCCGAUCAAAGCCCUGUAGUCAACACCAGAGCUUUCACUGAGUGAGUCCAGGUCCAGAAGUGCACCUUUGAGUCCCCACUUCUUCAGUAGAGCUUCAAUAGACCAGUCUGUGCUGCGUUCCUGGUAAGAACACAAAAAACGCGCGUCAGUGCCUUCAAGCAGAUACGCUACAGUUGAUAGUACUUCUUCGAAUUGUGAUGGCUCGUAAAAGCAAUCGGACGCAAGAAUCAGAUCUACCGGACGUAAGUUAUGUAGAUCACCCAAAAACAAGCCCCAUGUGAGACCUACUAUCUGCAAGUCACGAUUGGGUACCAAGCCGUUAGCUUCACAACAAGCAGAAAGGUGACGAAGCGAUCUCGGUAAUGUUAGACUGUCGGUGAGGGUUACGAGCGCUCCGCACUUCGCGGCGAGUAUUCCCGGCAGUCCUGUUCCGCAACCUAACUCCAACACUCUCAGACCGCGAAUAUGUCGCCUUUGCGUCCACAAGUACCAAGCUAGCAGAGGCGCAGAUGGCCACGUGUAAAACGAAUAACCGGCUGACAAUAGCUCCGGGAUAACAAUCUCCAAAUAUUCACCUCGAGUGUCGCCGUUUGUAGAGGAUCUUGCGCGGAAAACAAACUUCUUUAGCUGACCACUUACAGGCCUACCAUCGCUCAUUGCAUAA